CAGCCUGUUCAUCCGGUUUUGAGAGGGAUAGGCCGGUUCUGGGUGCUCUCCUUUCCUCACUGGUGGGGUGCCCAGGAAAACAUCUGUUCCUGUUUUGCAGAGAAAAAGAAAACUGAGGCUCAUACGAGCAGCUCCAGUCUGGGCAAAAAGGCUCCGCAGCCCAGCAGACUGAGUGCUGUCUCUGCUGAGAGCCCUAGGAAGCACCGAGCGCACAGGAGCAAACACUCGGGACGCAGCCUGCGUGCCAGGCGCUGCCCGAGACGCGCCAUCGGCCCGACCGUGCAGCGGUCUGCACAGUGCCGCUUGCGAGACGUCUCCCAGCCCUUUCAGCAGCUCAUCAGUUCAGCAGAGAUAAGGGUAAGUCCUUGGCUUGGAGUGACACUCCAUGGGACGGAUAUUUCAUCUGAAUCCUCAGAUGGUGAAGCGAGAAAAGCAUCAGGUGGAGGAGGAGGAGAGGACGCAGGAGCCAUGCAGCAGGAGACAGCUCCAGACAACACCGCGUCAGAGGAAGCCAGACAGCCUAAAGAAUGUUUCUUGAGACAACCAAAGAAAACCAAGACGGAGAAGGCCAAGACCAAGAAGAGGAAGAAGAAAAUCACUGAGAUUCUUGCAAAGUCAGAGCCAAAGCCAGGGGCACCAGAAGACCUGCAGCAGCUGCUGGCAGACUACUACUGCAGCCGGCGCUCGGUGAUCGAGCUAGAAGAACUGCGCCUGCCAGAAUCCUGCUUCCUCCAGGCCAAUGAUCUGACUCAUAGUCUCUCAUCUUACCUAAAAGAAAUCUGCCCUAAGUGGGCAAAGCUUCGGAAGAGCCACAGUGAGAAGAAGUCCGUCCUCGUGCUGGUCAUCUGCAGCUCUGCUGUCCGAGCUCUGGAACUUAUCAGGUCAAUGACAGCGUUCAGAGGAGACAGCAAAGUUAUGAAAUUAUUUGCAAAGCAUAUCAAGAUUCAGGAGCAGGUGAGACUGCUGGAGAAGCGUGUGGUGCACCUGGGUGUAGGAACUCCGGGAAGGAUCAAAGAGCUCGUUAAACAAGGUGCCCUUCUUCUGAACCCCUUAAGGUUUCUGGUCUUCGACUGGAACUGGAGAGAUCAGAAGUUACGGAGGAUGAUGGACAUUCCCGAGAUAAGAAAGGAGACCUGUGAACUUCUGGAAAUGGGCAUCCUCAGCUUGUGCAAGUCAGAAAGCUUGAAGCUGGGCCUUUUCUAAGCCUAGGUCCUGAGGGGAGUCCCCACUUCCCCUGUGGGAGCUGCGCCUGACAGAAGCUCUGGCACACUGCAGACACGUGCUGGGUGACUCUUACUGUACCCUGCCGACCGCACCAGCAGACGGACCGCUGGGUGUGCUGAGGGGUUCUCGCACAGAGAUGAACCUGUCCUUUGCCGGCUCCCUCGGGUAUUGAAGUGUCGCUUCGUCUUCUUAUCGGGAAGACUAAUGAUGUACACUCAACAGGAAAUACAGUUGUUGGUACACGUGUAGAA